AUGUCGCAAGCAAGAAAGAAAUCUGUUCAGGAUAUAGAACCCUGGAAACAAGAGACGACCGAAAUGGAACAUGCAAAAUUACUGAAGUCAGUAAAAUCGCUAUCAGCCAAGAUAGAUGAGUAUCUGAAACGUUAUCCAAUGGCCGAUGACGCUGAACUACCGGCUACAACCACAGAGAAAUUCGGCCUGAAACCUUCAUAUAAAGCGAAUAAACCAAGACCACAUUCGGCGGUCGAGUCGAGCUCGAAUCAACUCACUGAUCAUCGAUCGAUAUCGAGCACUAUAGAUUCUAAUUCUCUGCCACUCUCAGAUGAUCCUCAUACAACAAAGGACCUCAAAGAACGUCCAAAAAGGCUACGAAAUUCAUUCAAAAACGACCAAACAGCACCCAAAAUACGAAAGACCUCCAAGCAGGAUGAGGAUAUCCUAAAUGCAGACUUCAUCGCUCUAUAG